AUGACUUUGAUCGCCACCUCCGACCCCAUGCAGGCUAUAAAUCCAUCCGAAACCAGGUUGGGACACGGGGACGGACACCUUAGACACAGCCCCGGGUGCCCCCAAAAUGCAGCCGAGCCCGAAAGCGAGGGCGCCCCCGCGACAAAGCCGAAGCAGAGCAGGGGCUGCGGGGGCGGGAGAGGGGCCCCCGGUCGUUACCUGCGAUCGGCCGCGCGCCCCGGGCUCCUCGCGGCCGCAUCGGGGGGCCGCGGCGGCGCUGGACUCGCGGGGCCCCCGCCGCCGGGCCGCGCCGUCUCCGGGCCGAGCUGCCGCCGAUCGCGGCCGGAACCCGGCUCCAGCCCGGCGCCCGCCCGGGUCGGCGGCUCCGCGGGCGCGGGCCCGCCGGGUCCUAGCGCGCGCCGCCCGCCUGCAGCCGCACGUCCGGCCCCGCGCAGGCCGAGCCGCGGCCGCGGCAGGUGCGGGCAAGCCGGGCGGCGUGUCCGAUCCCCGCCCGGGACGCCGAGAGGAAAGCAGGGGCGCCCGCGGAACGCGCGGGAGGCGGGUGUUCGCAUGUGCAGCCCCCGCGUCAGGCACCGGGCGGUCCCCGGUUCCCGCAGUUUCGCCUGCUGCACUUGA